UAUUUGAUGUUUAUAUUUGUUUUUCAUAACAUACUUUUGCACAUCUCUAGCUUGUCAUCGUACGGUCACAUUAAACAGCUAAAACAGAAGGAACGAUGCGACUGAUACCACUGGGCGGACGGAUAACGGCGAUGCGCCAGCGAAUCAGCGAGCGUCUGGUGUUGCCGCAACGAUUCAAGGGCACCAUCGUGGAGAAGUGGGUGACCUACUGGAAGAGCCUGGUGCGCGACUACACGGAGGUGGCAGUCGGCGUUGUACGCGAAUCCUACGCCAAACCCAAGAAGGCCCUUGUCUAUGGAACCGGCCUGUAUGUGCUGUACCAGGCCGCGGCGAAAAAUCCCGGUGAAGAAGCGUUCAUGACGUUGUUGCGUCGAGAAACCAACAGAAUGAUCACUGUGGCGCCAGGACAACAGAACCCCGUCUCGGCCGAAUACCUGCUGCUCCUGGAGCGGGCCAUCAAUCAAAAUAAAUUGCGGCUAAUGUCGCUGGGCUUCUGUACGCUAAUGUGGGUGGAUCUCUACGACGAGGACGACUGCACAUAUCCGGCCAUCUGCGAAUAUACCAAAGUGGGCCUGUUGAACUUCCACGAGCGGGUGAUCGAUGUGGGCUUCUGGAAUCAGUACUGGAGGCUCAGGUGGAAGAUGCGCAACUACGACGUCAACUACCUGUGAUGUGGACCACAUUCGGUGGACGUUGGAUGUUUGUAUAUGAUUGGAAUCCAAGGCAGAUCCAAGGUCAUGCCACUUUAAUUUACCUUAAUACCAAGUUGUUCACUGUUAAUGCUAAUUAAUUCAAAACAAUAUGUAUGUACGUUUUUAGUCUGAGAAGAGAAUAUAGUUUUUACCUCUAUUGAUGCCAAAGA